AAUUAUCUGUCUCUAUAUGAUUUCAUACAUUUUAGGGGCGCCAAGCGUGCGUUUCGGCACUUCGCCAUUUCUGGACAUAUAUACACGCACGCAGGCUACCACUUGUGUAAACCCGAAGCUGCCACUGACAUUAGCUACUGCAUAGAUUUAUAGGUCUACUUAGGCCAAUCCUUUUGCGUACUUGCGAGUGAGCCAUUCACGUUAGUCGGCGCGCACAAUAAACAGACUCUGUGUGCGUCAUAGCAACCCUCAUCAACGGAGGUGAAAUUAGCAAACUAGGGCCGGCAGCAAGCUCACUUGACCGCCUUCGCUGACAUGCACACGCUGCGCGAAAUCGGCGCCUAGGACUCUCGUGCAGCCAACCGCAGCGUGUACCUGCGGUUUGUAGCGAUCAGGAGCCUGGGAACAGCGAAGCUUGCCCCCUUUCGCGUGCGUGCCGAUUAUCCGGGUGCGGUGACGCGCUUUGGCAAAACAAUGGCGCGUCGCCAAAGCGCGAUGGCUUGAAAUCUACGCACAUGAGCCAGACAACUCCGGGGCGCAAGCGGAGGCCGAGCUCGUCUGGGUCCGACGACACCAGCAACUGUAGAAGGCUCCCGCCAGCAGGCGUGAGGCGGACUCGCGCGCCGGGGGACGCUGCGCCCGGCUCUGGUGGUGACUACUGGUAUGGAGGCGGCGUGCAUGUUGGUGAGCUGCAGGGGGCACCAGCAGUAGCCCCGCCAGGUGUCGCGGCCGCAGCAGGGGCUGCUACAACCGGUGGUGCCGCCGAUGCCGGAGGCGGCGGCGCCAGCAGCAGCGGGAAAGGUGGAGCGGGCGGGAUUACGUCCCAAUAUGGGUUGGCAGCAGCUCCGGUGCUGCGAACCGCUGCUGCUGUCGCUGCGCCAGUCGUGGCGAUGGGAGCUGUGGCGCGCAACGCAGCUGGUGCCGCCGCCGUGAUGUUGAUGAGCACAGCGCACGCACACAUUCAGGACUCCCACACUCUGCCGCCUGCUGUACCGGCCGCCUCCAAACAUCAGUCCGCCGCCGCGGCCCCUGGCGGCGCCGGAGCAUCUGGCCCGGAGAGGACCCACUCCGCCGCGCCGCAUAGCCGACGGCUGGUGGCCCCCCAGCAGCACAGUGGCCAUGCCGCCACCACCGCCACUGCGCAGCAGCCGCAACUGCAGCCGCCAGCACAGCAUGAUGAGCUGCAACAGCAGCUACUGCUGCAUGUGCAGGUCGGGCGCCCGAGACAGCAUGCAGCGCCGCCGGUGCUCCUGCUGCCGCCACCGCCGCCGCUGGAGUUUCGCUCAUCCUGGUCCCCCACCUCGGCUGCCGCUAGGCCGCCAGCAGGCUACACGCCUGGCGAUGCGGCGGCGCCAUUGCGGGGUAUGCCUGACGGCGGUGAUACGGCCUGCUGCUCAUUAAAUGGCGGUGGAGGCGGCCACAGCUUGGGGGCCAGCGGCGGCGGUUGGCAGCGGGCAGCAGCAGGCCAAGGCGCUUCGGACCGCCGCGUGGCGACGAGAGGACCAGAAGCGGGCGUCAUGGCGGGGGGCACGGCGGCGGCGGCAACCUUGCAGCACACAACGCCGGCUGCGGGCUUGUGCGCGUUCGGCAGCUGGGACGAGCAGGAGCAGCAGGGCGCCGCUAUCGUGAGCGAUGUCACAGGUUACAUUCCUCAAGGCAGCAGUGGUUACAUGACUCAUACUGGUGAUGACGGUCAUCGCCCGCCCGCCGGCCUUGUUGCCCGCCAGCUGCGGGCACCGCCGCCGCCUGACGCCGCCACUCAGCCGCGGUACCCAUACAUGCUCCCUCAGCAGUCACAGCUACAGCCGCGGCUGCCGCCGCAGCCGCAGCCGCCACUGCCGGUGGAGCCCGGCGGUGAGCUGCUGCUGCCGCCAGCAGCAGCGGAACUUAUGCACCGGCGGCCCUUGCCUGCUGCAACGGGUCUUGCUCCUGCGAGGCCGCGGGGCCCCAAGCUCCUGGUGCCCACCGGCCUGUGUGUGCCGCCGCACCUGCGUCAGCCGGUGCACGGACCCGGCCGCGUGGCAGUGGCAUCAGCGGAGCAGUGCCAAUGGGCCAACAUGCAGUUAAUGUGGCAGCAGCAGCAGCCGGCGCCGCCGCCGCCGCCGCCGCCGCAGCAGCAGCAGCAGCAGAUGCCGCAGGUGCAGCAGGCGACGAAGCGGGCUCGCACCGUGCAGCAGGGGCCCCGGCAGGGGCAGCACGGCACCAGCAGCUGCGCCCCGCUGCUGGCGCCAGCAGCGCUGCUGGCGCCGCCGUCGCGGCCGCCGCUGCCGCGCAACGCUGGCGGUGGCGCUGCCGCCGCCGGUGCUGCAGGCGCCGCCGUGCCGGCCUUUGUCGUGCGGGGGACAGCCGCGGCAGCAGCAGCUGACAUGCCUUUGGCGGCGCCCGGCGCUGCAAGCUCCCACGCCGAAGGUGCCGGUGCAGCUGCAGCUGCAAUCAAUGCUGGUGCUGGUGCUGCAACUGGAGCGGCGGAAGUUGUGACAGGCACCGCCGCUGCCAUGGAGGUCGACGAUGAUGGUGGCAGCGGCGGCGAUGGUGGCAGCGGCGGCGGCGGCAGUGAGAUUGCUGCCGCCGCCGCCGCCGUUGUGUAUAACGACUGGCGGCGCCGCAGCAGCAAUGGGGGCGUCGCUCUCUCCGACAUCACAGGCCUCUCAGGGCUCUCCUUCCUCGCCACACCUGCUACGUCUGCCCUCAGCGGAGGUGAGGGCAGCAGCUGCGAUGAGGGUAAUGUUGGUGGCGGUGGAGGCGGCGGCGGCAGUGCGAACAUGAUGCCACGCGCUUGGCACGAAGGCUCCAUCGCAGCCGCCGCUUCCCCUGCAAUGAUGGGGCGUGCGCCGGCUGAGUCCACGGCACACGCAGCGGCAGUAGCAGGAGGAUCUCGGGCCGACAAGACCGCAGCAGCUUCUGCUACAGCCGUCAACGCGGGCCCCGCGGCUGCAGCUGCUGCAGCUCCGGCGGGCGUGCCGGCAGCGGCAGGUCCAGGCGCCAACGGCGUUACCGGUGGCGGUGACAACCGCCGGCGGCAGCUGCAGCAACAGCAGAGGGUGCCCACUCGGUUCUCAGCAGAGGCAUUGGCGCCGCAUGCCAUCUACAAUGGAGCUGCCGCACCAGCACCGGCACCAGCACCGGCACCAGUAGCCGCCAGAGCCGCCGUGCCUCCGCCGAGCACAGGCAGCGGCCCGCCGCCGCCACCGCCGCCGCCGCCGCCACAGACUGGCGAUGCCGCGGCGCUGGCGGCGCAAGUCAUCAGGAAGCCGCCAGUCAUCACUAUGCAGCAAUACCAACAGAUGUAUUCGCCGGAGCGCCGCCGGACGAUGAUCAUUGCGGAGGUCGUGUGGACGCCGGCGGCGGGCGCCGCGGCCAGAGCGGCCACGGCAGCGGCGGCGGCGGCCCAGCGACAGCAGACUGCUCCGCGGCCAUCACAUGGGCUCAUUACCGGUGGCGGCGGUAGGGCUGUCGGUGGCGGUUCCAACGCGGUCGGCGGCGCUGUCUACAGUGAUGGCGGCAGCGGCGAUCGAGGCCGCCGUCCGCGGGCACCAGGGGCCGCCGGAGGCGGCAGCGCCGCUGGAGAAGCCGCCGCGGCCGCCGGCGCAAAUGCCGCCGGCAGUGGCGCCCCACCGCCUUCUAUGCGCGCUCUCAUGCGAACCCUUUCCGCGCCGCCCAGCAGCGUCUACCCAGCAGCCGGAACCCACCCCCGCUACGCUGCCGCGCAGUGCUCGCCGACAGCCGACGCAGCAGCAGGCGUGCCCGCCGCCACCUGGGCUUCAGCUGAGCGAGCGCCGCAGCUGCCGCAGUGGCACACAGCACGGCUUGCAGACGGCUCAUCAGCAGCCGCUGCGGCGGCCGAGGCAGCGGGACGCGUGGCCGAGAGCGAUUUCUGGGCGGGCGCCCCAGCAGCUGCGGUACCAGCAGAAGCAAGCCCGCUCUCCCGCGGAGGCCUUCGUGCUGCUGCUGCUGCUGCUGGCUACUCACAGCAGCCAAGCAGCCGAAUGUACUGGUCAGCAUCGGUGUACGACGGCGGCGGCGGUGGCGGGGCAGGGAUGCGGCCACCGCUUGCUUACUACGCGGCGGAUGACGAGGGCAAGGGCGUGGCGGGUCUCGAGGAGGGGGACGAGGAGGGGGACGAGGAGGAGGAGGAGGCUGGCGCUGGCGCUGGCGCGCCGCCUGUGGGCCGGUCGGUGUCAAUGGCGGCUGCUGCUGGCGGCAGUGCUGGUGUGGGGCCCGAACGUGCGCGGUGGAGCCAGAAGCAGCAGCAGCAGCAACUGCUAGCGGCCCGGGCAGCAGCACUGCUGCCGCCACAGCAGCAGGUGCCCAACCCGCGUGCCUCGUCCACAGACUGGGCGGCUGCAGUAUGCACGCGGGUGGAGUUGGCGGCCGGCGCCGACUUCGUCAUUGUUGCGGAGGUGCCCGCCGCCGAUGGUGAUGACGGUUACUAUGCAGACGGUGAAGGCCAUGCUGAUGGUUGUGGUGAAGACUAUGGUGAAGACGAUUAUGACGGUUGCGAUAGUUAUUAUGACGAAUGGGAGGCGGGCGCGGCGGCGGCGCAAACAAGUGGCGCCGCCGCCGCCGCACAGCAGUACCGCACCUGGCCUCCCCAGCCACCGGCGGCGUACGUUCAGCCGCCGCAGCAGCUGCCACCGCCAGCAGGCUCGUGGCGGCGGCAGGCGGCGGCGGUGGCACACGCGCCACCGUACGCGGCCCUGCCUCAGCCGCUGCUGGCGGCACGGCAGCACCAGCAGGCCGCCGCCGCCGCCGCCACCGCCGCAUAUGUGUCUGCUGGUGCCGCUCUGUGUAGUGCAACUCUCCCGCCGGAAUACGCAGCGACGUCUGCGCCGCCGCAACCGCAUGAUUACCACCACCACCAGCAGCAGGUGAGGCAGCAACAGGAAUGGGACGAGCAGCAGCAGCAGCGGCCAUUAUCAGUGCCGCACGGUUACUACGACGGCAGCUGCUGGGACGAGCCGCAACCACCGGCAGGACAACAGCAGCAGGCGGCCACGAUUCCCCCGGGGCCCGCGGCCUACCGGAAUGUGUCAAGUGCGGCUGAGGCGUUUGGGCUCUCUGCAGCAGCCACAGCAGCAGCAUUGGCGGCAGCGGCCGGGCAGCAGUUGCAGCAGGCGGCGGCGGUUCAGCGCGUGGCAGAGGGAUCGCCACUGCAGCAGCUGCUGCAGCGGCAGCAGCACCAAGGCACUCAAGAGGUGGCAGGGGCUGCUGCUGAUGCCAUGGAAGCUGCGAGCCUCAGGGGUGGCGGGGCUCAGGCAGCAGGUGCGGCGGCGGCGGACACGCCGCUGCUGCCGCCACUGCACCGCCUGCUGGAAAUCAGCGGCGGCGCCAAGGGAGGCAGUGCUGAUAACGGCAGCCGCGGCGGCGGCGGCGGUGGCGGAGGCGGCGGUAGUGGCGGUAGUGGUGGUGCUGACAUCAGCGGUUGUCAACGUCAAUGGUUCGGCACUGCUGCCGCCGCGAGCAGCGGUGAUGUGGUGACGGCGGCUGCAGCAGGAGCAGGAGCGGGUGGCGGCGCGGGGGAUUGCGGCCGGCGUGGUGGCAUAGGCAUGAUGACGGACCGGGAGCAACUCCUGCACGAGCGCCGCCAGCCACAACCCCUACAGCAGCAGCACCUGCCGCCACCGCCACCGCCACCGCAUGCGUUUGCCGCCGCCGUGGAACCUGGGCAGCACUCGCGCCCGGCUCCGGCGCAGCCCCGAGGCCCCGCUGUGGGCGGUGGCACGCACGAGCAGCACCUGCAGCAAUCGCAGCAGCGACAGCAACAGCAGCAACCGGCUGUAGCAACAACAGCGGCGGCCCUGACAGCAGCAGGAACGGCACCGGCUGUAGCAGACUCGCCGCCGCCAUUGCGACCGCCGCCAGAUGCCAUGCCAUCAUCCUACUCCAGAAGCAGCUCGCUAGGGGCCGCCAUGCCAGCGACGGGUGAGCCCACUGCGCAGCUGCGGACAGCUGCUGCAACAGCCGCGGCGGUGGUGGCGCCGCCGGCGGCAGGCAGGUCGGCAGCGGCGGCGGCGGCGGUGAUGCCCGCCAACCAGUUGGGCGGCGCGGCUGCUGGCGGCGGCGGCGGCGGCGGCGGCGGCAUGGGCGGCUGUAGGGCGGUAGGGGCUAGCGGCAGCCGCCAACAACCGCAGCUGGGUGCGCCGUCGCCGGCGGACACAUCCUCCAUCAUCGCGGCGGCAGCUGGCACCCCUGCAAGCGCCGACCCCGGGCCGCCGGCGACGUCCGCCCUUUGCCCUACUGCGGCUGCCCUGUCCCCAUCUUAUCCCUGCGAACAUGCACAAGGCAUGCCUGCCGCGGCCGCUGCCGCGGCCGCUGGUGAUGCUUCUGGUGCUGGUGCCGGGUCUGCGGCCGUGGGCGCCGCUGUAACCUGCAGGGGUUACGGUCACGGUGGCGCUUACGGUGGCGGCGGCGCUUACUGCGGUGGCGGCGCUGCUACUUAUCACCCGUUUGCAGCCACGCAUGGCGCCGCCAGCGGCGGCAGCGGCCCCGCCGCCUGAAUGGCCCCUGCAGCCGCUGCUGCAGCAGCCCCCACAAUGACACCAGCAGCAGCAGCAGCAGCAGCAGCAACAGCAGCAGCACCGCAAUGGCCGGCAGAAGGCGCACCAGCACCACCACCCGCCGCAGGGUGGUAGCUAGUGGCAGUGAGGUUCUGCAGGAGUAGGGACGUGCGGCGAUGGAUGGGGCGCUGGCUGGCGUGUUGGAGAGAUUAUGUAGGGUGGGGUGAGACAGAGCCCUAUCUAUGUGUGGCAGCCUUGGUGGUGGGUUGUAAAUUCCAGUCCAAACUACGGUAAACCAAACCAAGCUAAAACGAGCGGAGCACAGGUAGAGGCGUAGGGGGCAGCCCUCCUACCUUGCGGUCGUGUGCAUGAUCGCGAUGCUGAAUAAACGGGAAUACCGUAUGCAUGCAUGUGAUGAGCAUCCUGAAGCAUAGUGCAUGUGCGUGUGUGCUGGUGCCGUGUUUGUGAUUGUGUAGCUGGUGGGGUAGGUGGAUGGGUAGGGGUAGAUAGGGAUGUGGUGCACGUGUUUAUGCGGCGAUGGCUGCGCCCAGCCAGCAGGCAGUCGCAGGCAGCGGGAUCUGGCAAGAGUCACGGAGGCCGGUAGGCGGCAGUGCGUGGCGCUUGUUCGGCAGUAGAAAGCUAGCAGUGCAGUAGCAGCGACAGACGCAGACUGUCGGGUUCCUUUUAAGGAUGCAGCAGCUUUACGGCAGCAGAGCAAACAGAGCAGAAGCCGGCGUUGGCUAUCCUAAGCCACUUGUGUGCCAGUGUGCCAUGCUCUUUCAUUCAUACCGUUCGACAUGCGCAAAAGGGCUUACUUAUGGCGUGGAGACAUGGUAUGUAUGUGUGGCUGGUAUGUGAGAAGGUUGGGGCCCUAGCGAGUUGAAUGAUGGCAUUAAUAACGGCAAACCGCACGUGUACGGGUGAUAUAUGAAGAUAUUAUGCUACAUCUACUACGGGUGCCGAGCCGAUAAUCGUUCAUGGUUUGAUUCUGCUGACGUUGUGGUCUUGCAGUGUGGGCGGUAUGAUUGUUUUGAUUGCAUGGAAACAUCAGCAGGCGGGCAAGCAGCGAGCAAGAGAACCCAGAACUGACGUGUGCAUAAGAACCAGGGGAGAAGUCCUGGGCAGGACCGACCGUUAUGUGUGCGCUGGCCGAAUGACACCGCAUGCGUGUGCGUGUAGAUAGGUAGUUAGACAGCUCGUUAGGACUGCAGGAGCGUGGGGCUACUUGGUGCGUACCCCAGCGCGCACUUGCUUAGGUGACGCACCCCAGCGCCCCAAUAUGGUAAUGUGUUUGAUGGCCCGUGGGCUGUGCACGCAGCCGUGGCCUGUGACCUACCUGCUGUGGUUGCGAUGGGACAGGGUAAGGGGCUGAUUCCCAGACCCCAGCAAACAAUUUGCAACGCCAGUGCAGGAGCACGCGGCUGGUCGAACGCCGGAAGUACUGUACCCUAACUUGACCGACAAUUUGCUGGCUGGCUACUGGAAGUAGGGUAAGGGGCAGGCACGUACCUAGCUACACGCACGCUGCGGUUAUAAGUGAGUAGGUAGGCACGCAUGCAUGGGGGUGGGCCCGCUCGUGGCUGCGCCGGGCAUGCUGGCAUGAGCCAGCCAGUCAGCCAGCAGAGUGGAACCACGGGCAGCAGAUGGAAUGAUGGAUCACGUCAUUUCACAUGUUGGAUGGAAGGUGCGUGCGCCCGGCGGCCUGACUCGCCUACCGGAAACAGCAGCCGCUCUCAACGGAAUUUGACCAU